AUGGGUCUACCAGUGUUUCGUGAACCUGCCGCUGCAGAGCCAAAGGUCGCAACGAAAGCCGAUGCAUCAGCGCAAUCCAGAUCUGCGAUCCGGCGCCAGCGCGCUGUCCGACACUCUCCUACUCGACCGCGCCCGGUAUCGCUCGCAGCGUAUCGCUUGACGCCGAAUAAUGAAGACAACGGCGUUCGCGCCUUGAUGGAGAUUCUCCGCGGCGAUCGCACGCCGGCCGCUGACCUUUCAGCGGAUUCCGAAAGGCUUCAAGCCGAAUUUUCACAUCGCCGUUCUAUGGAAAGCGGGCGCAGCAUACUACAGGAUGCGUUGAGUUACGAGCGCCCCGGUCGGCGAAUGAGGGAGGUUUUUGCCCCAUCAAGACGUUUGCCUCCUCCGUUACCCCCUGUUCCGGAACCUAGAGACUACAGCGGGACUAUGUCGCCAGAAGAGGCCGAUCUGGCUCCAGAAUAUCUUCAGCCAUAUGUGAGAAGACUACAGUCUUCGUCCCAACCCAAUAACCGGACCGAUGGCCUACCUUCGGGCCCGAAUACUUCGGCCCUCCGUCUAGGAUCUGCUUCGCUAACUCCCCGCUUUGCACCGGCUUAUUUGUUUGACGGAAACCGUACAGAGAUGCGCCGGUCUGAUGCUGCGGAGAACUCAAUGCAUUUUGAAGAUGGUAUCCCAGAUAAUAGAAAUGCUGGAAUUGACGAUCUGCCGCCACUCCGCCGUGUGGGACAUCGGAGUAUUCUCGACGGACCUAUAUUCGAACGACCAUCUCGGACCCGCCAAGAGUCUCACCGUUCCCUAGGGGCAAUGGAUGGACUCGGGGACCGAGAGCGUAGUUUCAGUCCUGAGGAUGACCCUUGGGAGACCCUUCUCACCACCAUUACCCCAGAUACCCAGCUUCCGAGUCCCGACUCUUUUUCCUCCGCCCUUGCCUCGGCAUCCUCUUUUACGUCUAACCCCGCAACUACUGGCGGUCUUCAUCUGCCUCCUCUCUCAUCUGAAAGUUCGGCAUCUAUUCACAUCUGCGAUGUUCCCACAGAGUUCGAGGACUCCGACACGGAGGCCGAAGGCGAUGCGGAUAGGAACCAUGGCAAUCCUUCAAGUCGACCAGUCCAAAGUCUGUUUGGCCUCUCCGACAAUAUUAGAGAUGGUAGUGAAGACUCCAGCCGUGUGCCCCACGACUAUCUAGAUCGGAGGGGGUUUGAAACGUAUAAUCGCGAACACGAGCUUCAACAGCUGCAGUCAAUCCUCAGUCGCCUUGGAAGAAUGAAUAAUACCCUUCGUGAAUCGGCGGGCCUCACCAGGCCCGAAAGUCGGCGUGAACGUGAGGCCUAA